AUGGCGUUCGACGCCAAUGGUUUGUAUGCUUCCGCCAUGUCAAAUUUAGACAGCGAAUAUCCUAAAGCGGAAAGUGGUAGACCGCUUCUACAAGAAGAAAAUAAAGAAUUUGUUAAGCUGCUUAAUGCGCAGAAAUUCAGACUUAGAACAGCUAUUUUAAAAGUCUGGUUUGAAUAUCCUACUAACAUGUUCUUCCAACCCAUACCAGCUAAAGAUAAAAUUACUUUUACGAACAAAGAAGGUAAUAAGGAAACUGGAACUGAAAUCAGGUUUAGAAAUGGUUUCUGUUCAGAUGUUUUAACAUCGGUCGAUAUUCAAGAAAUAGUUAAAUCUGGUAGACGAAUUAUUAGAUGGUAUAGUAUAUGA